AAAACAGACUCUAUCUUCUUUCUCUACUUUUAUCAUCACCGCCAAAAUAAAUAUGACUGGCUAUCUUUUGGAAGACGAUUCCGAUCGGCAGUUAUACUCCCAAGUCGCCGCCGACGCAGAUAUUCAUAUUCUCACCGCCGCCGGAAUCCGCAUACCUGUCCACCGCACCAUCCUGGCAUCGGCAUCGCCUGUGCUGGAGAACAUCAUAGAUCAUCGGACGAUUAAGAAUCACAAGACCUCUCAUAAUAACAAGACAAUUCCCAUAUUAGGCGUUCCUACCGAAGCCGUCGCCGUCUUCGUUCGAUUUCUCUAUUCCUCCAGAUGCACAGAAGAAGAGAUGGACAUGUAUGGAUUUCAUCUCUUGACACUGUCUCAUGCGUUCUCCGUUCCGGUUCUGAAGCAACUAUGCGCGAAAGCACUGAUUCAACGGCUUAAGAUCAACGAUGCUAUCGAUAUGCUUCAGCUGGCGAGGCUCUGUGAUGCAUCCGAGCUUUACUUCCGGAGCAUCAAACUUGUAUCAACAAACAUAAAGUUUGUUGAGAAAACAGAGGGAUGGAAGUUUCUCCAGGAGAAUGAUCCUUGGCUGGAGCUUGAGAUUCUUCAGUUCAUAGACGAAAUUGAAUCGAGGAGGAAAAGGAGAAGAAAGCGCAGGGAGGAGAGGAGGCUGUGUUUACAGCUAAGCGAAGCAAUGGAGUGUUUAGAGCACAUCUGCACAGAAGGGUGUACAAACAUAGGCCCUUACGACAUGGAGCCGGGGAAGAAGAAGAAGGUUUCAUGUCAGAAGUUCGCAACGUGUAGAGGUCUAGAACUCUUGUUCAGGCAUUUCGCUACGUGCAAAAGGAGAGUUAACAAUGGGUGUGAUAGAUGCAAGCGUAUGUGGCAGCUUCUUCGACUACACUCAUCCAUCUGCGACAAUCCCGGUCUUUGUAAAGUCCCACUUUGCAGGCAAUUCAAGUUGAAGGGUCAGCACAAAGGGAAAGGUGGGGAUGAAGCAACAUGGAAGCUGUUGGUGAGAAAAGUUGCAGUAGCGAAAGCCAUGUGUUCUCUCUCGAUCUUUACAAAGAAGAGAUCAUGGAGUGGAGGCCGAGGGCUAAACCCUAGCUUCCAACUAUUGAUAAAUGAAUGAUGAUGAUGAAAAAUGUAAAUUUGUUGUUUUAAAGCUGUCUUAAUUCUGUUUUUGUUAAGAUGGUUUUGAAUCAUUUUGUUAGGGACUCAAUAUCCCACUCUUUGGAGAAAUAAGAGAAGAGAUAUUGUAGGAAUAGGUUUGUCACUAGUAUUAUUAUUUUUGUUAUUAAAUUAAUAAACUUUUACUUUUAAUAAUUCAA